AACAUCUGAGUUUGCUGCAAAAUCUAAAUUCAAGUUGAGUCUAAGAAGGGUAGUUUUCUGCAAUCAACUUUCAAACGUGAAUGAUAGUGUCUAGAAAGGGUAUGUCCCUUAAGGAGAGAGGCGCCAAUGUCCAACCGGCCUAAUUACAAUACAGGGGGGUCGCUGCGACGUUCACAGAGGAACACUGCCGGGGCCCAGCCGCAAGACGAAGCAACAGGAGGAAGGUCACAGUCAGAAGAGACGAAACAGAAGCCGAUUCCAAGUAGGCCAACUUCUAAAGCACCAAAAUUGCAGCCAGACACUACCUCUGGACAGUCCAGAGGGCGUGUGUCACGAAGGAACUCCAGGAGUUGUAGCUCUUCAUCUGUUGCUUCUGUGACACAGCAAGACGAUAGAAUUAGGUCAGAACGACCCAAAACUGGACAAACUAAAAGGGACGGUUCCAGAAGCAGUUUGAGAGGUGUGAAACGUGGUCCAAGCCCUGAUUACAGCAGUUCAAACUCCACCUGCUCUGCAAAAAGGCCCAAAGCACUUCAACCUUCAGAAAAUCCUACUGAAACACAAAAACACAAGUUGCAAACAAGGUCCCCUAAGAAAAGGAAGUCUGUGCAAGAUCAGAUAAGAACUGCCCCAGCAGCCUCUACAAGUAAGGCCCAGAGUAGAAAACAGACUGGGCCUGUCAGUGCCUCCCCCUUUCAAAAAAGGAAAAAGAUUGAAAGUACAACUUGUGUAAACAGUGAUUCUGUGGCUGACUCGAUCAGUGCUGAAGAGAGGUCUGCAAAACCAACCAAGCUGGCUUCAAAAUCGGCGACCUCAGCCAAAGCUGGGUGUAGCACUGUCACUGAUUCUUCUUCUUCUUCUGCAUCUACAUCAUCCUCCUCUUCUGCUACUGUUUCCGGUGCUGUGCCUCAGGGAGCCAGGCUAAAGCAAGGAAAAGAUCAGAAUAAAGCUCGUCGCUCCCGCUCAGCCUCUAGUCCCAGUCCUCGCAGAAGCAGCCGAGAAAAGGAGCAGAGCAAAACUGGUGGUUCCUCUAAAUUUGAGUGGGCUGCUCGUUUUAGCCCUAAAGUUAGUCUGCCGAAAGCAAAACUGUCACUCCCAGGGUCUUCCAAAUCGGAGACUUCAAAACCAGGGCCUUCAGGCCUACAAGCCAAGUUAGCUAGCUUGAGAAGGUCUACUAAGAAACGCAGUGAAUCACCACCAGCAGAGCUCCCCAGUUUGAGGAGGAGCACACGGCAAAAGACCACGGGCUCCUGUGCUAGUACCAGUCGGCGAGGCUCUGGCCUGGGCAAAAGAGGAGCAUCUGAGGCUCGCCGACAGGAGAAGAUGGCAGAUCCUGACAACAACCAGGAUGGAGCAAAUUCUUCACGCACAGAAGAUGUACCUCAAGGAGCAUCAGCUUCUAGUUCUGUUGCUGGAGCUGUUGGAAUGCCAACUUCUGGAGAGAGCGAGUCAGAUGAUUCUGAAAUGGGCCGCCUACAAGCUCUAUUAGAGGCACGUGGCCUUCCGCCCCAUCUUUUUGGCCCUCUUGGACCACGAAUGUCCCAGCUUUUUCAUCGAACAAUUGGAAGUGGAGCAAGUUCAAAGGCACAGCAACUCCUACAAGGUCUACAAGCUACUGGAGAUGAAAGUCAGCAACUUCAAGCAGUUAUCGAGAUGUGCCAGUUAUUGGUGAUGGGGAAUGAAGAAACCCUGGGAGGAUUUCCAGUGAAGAGUGUUGUUCCAGCUUUGAUAACUUUGUUACAGAUGGAGCACAACUUUGAUAUUAUGAACCAUGCUUGCAGAGCUUUGACUUACAUGAUGGAAGCUCUACCUAGGUCAUCAGCUGUGGUGGUUGAUGCUAUUCCAGUCUUCCUGGAAAAGCUGCAAGUCAUUCAGUGCAUCGACGUUGCUGAGCAAGCUUUGACUGCUCUGGAAAUGUUAUCACGGAGGCAUAGUAAAGCCAUUUUACAAGCUGGAGGAUUGGCUGACUGCUUGCUCUACCUGGAGUUCUUCAGCAUCAAUGCUCAGCGAAAUGCCCUGGCAAUAGCAGCAAAUUGCUGCCAAAGUAUUACUCCUGAUGAAUUUCAUUUUGUCGCUGAUUCAUUGCCCUUGUUAACCCAGAGGCUGACCCAUCAGGACAAGAAAUCGGUCGAAAGUACUUGUCUGUGUUUUGCUCGGCUGGUGGAUAACUUCCAACAUGAAGAAAACUUGUUGCAGCAGGUGGCAUCCCGUGAUUUGUUGACUAACAUACAGCAACUUCUGGUGGUGACUCCCCCAAUUCUCAGCUCUGGUAUGUUUAUCAUGGUGGUCCGGAUGUUCUCACUGAUGUGUUCGAACUGUCCUACUCUGGCUGUGCAGCUUAUGAAGCAAAAUAUUGCGGAAACUCUUCGUUUUUUACUUUGCGGAGCCUCAAGUGGGGGCUGCCAAGAACAAAUCGAUCUUGUACCAAGAAGUCCGCAAGAACUUUAUGAGCUUACUUCCCUGAUUUGUGAAUUAAUGCCAUGUCUACCCAAAGAAGGAAUUUUUGCUGUUGAUACCAUGUUAAAGAAGGGAAGUGCUCAAAAUACAGAUGGUGCAAUAUGGCAGUGGCGUGAUGACCGGGGUCUCUGGCAUCCGUACAACCGAAUCGAUAGUCGCAUAAUCGAGGCAGCCCAUCAAGUGGGUGAGGAUGAAAUAAGCUUGUCAACAUUGGGUCGAGUUUAUACUAUUGACUUUAACUCUAUGCAGCAGAUCAAUGAGGACACUGGAACAGCCCGUGCUAUUCAGAGAAAACCCAAUCCAUUGGCCAACACGAACAAUGGUGGUCACUCUGAAACGAGAAAGGAUGAUGCACGUGCUCAGCUAAUGAGGGAGGAUCCAGACCUGGCUAAAUGCUUUAUAAAGACAUUGUUUGGUGUGUUAUAUGAAGUGUAUAGUUCAUCAGCUGGACCUGCUGUCAGACACAAGUGCCUUAGAGCAAUUCUUAGAAUAAUUUAUUUUGCUGAUGCUGAACUUCUGAAGGAUGUUCUUAAAAAUCAUGCUGUUUCCAGCCACAUUGCUUCCAUGUUAUCAAGUCAAGAUUUCAAGAUCGUUGUUGGAGCGCUACAGAUGGCAGAAAUUUUAAUGCAGAAGUUACCAGAUAUAUUUAGUGUUUACUUUCGAAGAGAAGGUGUGAUGCAUCAGGUGAAAAAUUUAGCAGAGUCUGAGACUCUACUUACCAGCCCUCCUAAGGCAUGUAGUAGUGGAAUAGGAACGCUGGGCACUGCUGCUACAAUUAGCACAACCAACGUUGCAAGCAAUACAGUUGCAGAUCUUGGGUCUCCCAGUUUCCAAAGUAUGGAUGAUUCUUUGGACCUGAGUCCACAAGGACGAUUAAGUGAUGUCUUAAAGAGGAAAAGAUUGCCAAAACGCGUAACCAGGAGAACGAAGUAUUCACCUCCAAGAGAUGAUGAAAAAGUAGACAAUCAAGCAAAGAGUCCAACAGCCACCCAGUCACCUAAAUCAUCUUUUCUUGCAAGCUUAAAUCCUAAAACGUGGGGAAGGCUAAGCACACAGUCCAAUAGCAACAACGCAGAACCAGCACGCACUGCCGGAGUUAGCGGCAUUGCACGGGUCACCCCAAAAGACACCAUGUCCAACAACAGGGAGAAGAUAAAAGUGUGGAUAAAGGAGCAAGCCCAUAAGUUUGUUGAUCGUUACUUCACCUCAGAAAAUGUGGAUGCGAGCAAUCCAGCACUGAAUGUACUUCAGAGACUAUGCUCUGCCACUGAACAGCUCAGUUUGCAGGUGGAUGGUGGGAUUGAGUGCCUUUUGGAUAUCCGCUCAAUAGUCUCGGAGUCUGAUGUGUCCUCCUUCGAAAUCCAGCACAGUGGUUUUGUCAAACAGUUGCUAUUGUAUUUGACUUCAAGAAGUGAUAAAGAUCUUGUGAAUCGAAAUGUCAGGUUGAGAAGAUUCCUUCAUGUUUUCUAUGGUUGUCCAGUGAGUAACUUCUGGUUUCAAAAUAUGCAAUUUCUUUUGAUAGUCUACUAUUGA